UCGAGUAGCGCUAUAGCAAUUUUGUCCUGGCCGUCGGGAAGUCAAGAGUGAAGAUUCCUGUGUCGAAUAAAAGAAUUCUUUCACUAAGUUCUUCCAGAAGAUAUAGCUCACACGAAAAAGCAAGAAAAUGCUGAAAAUUGGUAUUUUUGUUGUUUUCAUCUUAGUUUGCAUUGAGUAUAUCAAUGCAGCAAAUGUAAAUUGCGAAGAUCCUCGUGCCCGAGACUUCAAUGCAAAAGAAUGCAUAGAAAACACACGUUGUAUCAAGUUUGUAGGUGAAAACAUAGGCUGCCCAAUAUGCGAGUGUGAUGACCAUGCAGUAUGGAUUGACGACAUGGUAGCCAGCUCCGACCAAGAUCGGGCAGUUUGGCACAGGUUUUAUCAAACCGAUUAUUAUUACAACCACAUCAAAAACCAGGGAAAUGCUCCAGACGGUGCUCAAAGUGGCGCUGGAAUAGAGACGGAUUUACAGCUGUGGACAGUUGACAAAGACACAGAAGGAAAUCCACUCGUACCAUAUGAACUUGGUGCUGUGACUGAAGCCGUUAGGCAACUAUUUGAUGAUGCGAUUGCUGAUUUCAACGAUAAUACGUGUAUCAGAUUAGUUCCGCGUACAGGCCAAGAAAAUUACAUAAGAAUUACGGGCGAAAACACUGGUUGCUGGUCCAAUGUUGGAAGAGCGUUCACCCAACCAAAUGAGCUCAAUCUGGGACCUGAUUGCGAUUCAAAAGGCGUCAUCAUCCACGAAAUCAUGCACGCAUUAGGAUUUUGGCACGAGCAGUCAAGACCCGAUCGUAAUGAUCACGUAAAAGUCAAUAUUGAGAAGGUACAACCCGGUGCAGUAAGCAAUUUCGAUAUAGUACCAGAAAUAGAUUCUCUUGGAUCUCCAUAUGAUAUUCAAUCCGUGAUGCACUACUUCUCUACAAUAUUUUUGAAAGAGGGAGAAACAGGAUUUACUAUAACUGAUUUGAAUGGCAACGAACUUAAUACACAGCAAGCGGGGUUCGCGGCAUCUGAUAUCACGCAAAUUAAUGCUCUGUACAAAUGUGGAGCUACAACAGUUGCACCGACUACCCAAUCUUCGACAACUACUACGGAACCAACUCCUACUACAACCCAACCGACCACCACAACUCCUACUACAACCCAACCGACCACCACGACUCCUACAACAACCCAACCUACUACCACGUCUGCUACAACGACCCAACCGACCACCACAACUCCCACUACAACCCAACCGACCACCACAACUCUUACUACAACCCAACCGACCACCACUACUCCUACAACAACUCAACCAACUACUUUCUCUGCUACCACUACCAUGCCUACUUCAACAACAUCGACGGCACCACCUACUUGCAGAAAUAGGAGAUCAGACACCACAUGUCAAAAUAAGAAGAAUAAUGGACUUUGCUUUUACAGAGCAUGGAGAAUGAAAGAAAAAUGUGAAAAAACGUGCGAUUUGUGUGGUUGCAAAAAUAAAAAGUCAAAGAGAAAAUGUAGAAGAGCUAGGAUGGAGAAUGGUAGAUGCUUUUCCGAUUUCGAUUGGGCUUUGGAAAACUGUAGAUUGACUUGCAGACUCUGUGGAUAUGACGAGAGGAAUACCUGCAAGGAUUUACACCCUUUUUGUGAUGACACUUACUGCGAUGAAAAAUCCUUGGCCUGGUCGAAAGUGUACUGCAAGAAAACUUGCAAUCUAUGUAAUAUUAGUGAUUGAAACAAUUUUUAUCCAUAACAUAACUUUUGACAGGUCUGCCAUGCUGGCCAUUAUAGCUCAUUUAAUCUACUGAAAGUAUCAUUUAAUUGGAAUGGAUAUAUAAUGGUGCAUCCUCUUUUGGUGUUACUAUAACAUUAGAUCAACCGCCAUACGUCACCUUCCCGGGUGCAGUUACGUUUAAUCUGUUCGAGUCAUUUCUAGAAUAUGUACAAUUUAAGGCGCUCCAGAAGUAUGUGCACCAAGAUGACGCACAAUCUGAUAAUCUAACCUGAUACACAUACUAUGUUUAGGUUGUGCGUCCAUCUUGGCACACAUGGCACACAUGGCACACAUACAUAUCGUCGCUAAUUUAAAUUCAUAAAAAUAAGUAAAUUAUAUUCGGGGUAAAAUUAUCACGCUAUUGUACCAGCUUGAUGUAGUUAUUACGAUAUAGCGAGGUACACAUCCUAAUAGUACUGUAUUGAAAAAAAUAUUGCGCACUAUAGUGAGAUAGGCCUUAUAUAAAUGAAUGAGCUGCUCUUUUUGACGAUAUUUUAAAUUUUAAAGUUGGAAAAAUUAGAUGACUUUUAUAUAAACCAGCUUCCAGUGUUGUUUUCUAUGAUCAGUUCAAACUGACAAUUGACAGAAUUUUUAAAAUGUGAACGAGGUUGUGAAAUCCUGGUGGAUGAUGUCAAAUUAUAUGGUAAUAAUUUAACCGCUCAUCAAAAAUACUAACCGCCCUGAGCAAGACCUGACGAACAGGCACUGGUGUGUGAAAGGGGUGCCACUUCGGUAUGCGAUCUCACUUGCUUAACGUGAAGGACAUUCUACCUGACCAUAUUAAAAACUGGAAUCACACAAUCGUCAAGAUCGCAUAUCAAAGUAGCACUGAAAAAGGUUACCAUGCUUUGGACUGGCCAAAAACAUUCCGGGUUUUGCAAUUCUUGUCUGAUGACGUAAAAUCUUGUCUUUGUUGGAAAAGCAAAAUUUAAUGCGGCUCUUUGAUACAACCUAGUGUCGUGGCGAUGUCUCGCUAAAACAUUACUAAUUAAUUAUAAUAUAUUAUUCUUCAAAAUCCUAAUUAGAUAACGGAACCUUGGCUGCCGCUGCUAGAUAAACAACUUUGGUUCUCCGCGGUUUCUUUCCCCAGUGAAAUUAUGUUCUUUUCCUUUUCGCAUAUUUUUUUGCAUUGUAUCUGUUUAUUAUUUUA